UCGCGGCAGUCCACGGGCCCGUUACGUAGGGCCGCUUUCCCCGCGGCGGCCCCUGGGUGGUUGCGGCGCGGGGGCGCCCGCGUUCGCACCGACCAGCCGGGCGCGGGGCCGCUCGUGUCUUGCUGCUGUUCCUAGCCCGCUUCCCUUUGGGGCGCUAGGCAAACCCGAGCUCCUUGUUACGUGAAUGGCCCCGGCCGCCAUUUUUGACAUGCCUUCAGCAGGCGAGACUUGGGGCGAAGCGGCGGGUGACUUAUCCCGCGUGGGUCCCGUCCUGGGACAGGACUGCGGCUCGCUAUGGGGAAAUGGCCGAGAAAUCGUUAUGGCUGCAGCUUCUAUUGCUAACAUUGUGAAGAGUUCUCUUGGUCCAGUUGGUUUGGAUAAAAUGUUAGUGGAUGAUAUUGGUGAUGUGACCAUUACUAAUGAUGGUGCAACCAUUCUGAAGCUGUUGGAGGUAGAACAUCCUGCUGCAAAAGUUCUAUGUGAGCUGGCAGAACUUCAAGACAAAGAAGUUGGAGAUGGGACCACCUCAGUGGUAAUUAUUGCUGCUGAACUUCUAAAAAAUGCAGAUGAAUUGGUCAAGCAGAAAAUUCAUCCCACCUCUGUUAUUGGUGGCUAUCGUCUUGCUUGCAAGGAGGCAGUUCGCUACAUCAAUGAAAAUCUUAUUAUUAACACAGAUGAACUUGGCCGGGAGUGUCUUAUUAAUUCAGCUAAAACAUCAAUGUCCUCCAAAAUCAUAGGAAUUGAUGGUGACUUCUUUGCCAACAUGGUGGUGGAUGCUGUGCUUGCAGUUAAAUUCACAGAUCAAAAGGGUCAAGCCAAAUAUCCAAUCAGUUCCAUUAACGUUUUGAAGGCACAUGGCCGUAGCCAGAAAGAGAGUAUUCUUGUAAACGGCUAUGCACUGAACUGUGUGGUGGGCUCACAAGGUAUGACCAAGAGGAUAGUUAAUGCAAAGAUUGCCUGUCUUGACUUCAGUCUGCAGAAAACAAAAAUGAAGCUUGGUGUUCAGGUGGUGAUCACAGAUCCGGAGAAACUGGACCAGAUUAGACAGAGAGAGUCCGAUAUCACUAAAGAGAGGAUUCAGAAGAUUCUGGCCACAGGUGCCAAUGUUGUUCUAACCACUGGUAGCAUUGAUGAUAUGUGUCUGAAAUAUUUUGUGGAUGCUGGUGCUAUGGCAGUACGCAGAGUUUUAAAAAAGGACCUUAAACGCAUUGCUAAAGCAGCAGGAGCAAUCAUUUGUUCCACUCUGGCUAAUCUGGAAGGUGAAGAAAGCUUUGAGGCAUCAAUGCUGGGACAGGCAGAAGAGGUGGUGCAAGAGAGAAUUUGUGAUGAUGAACUGAUUUUAAUAAAAAAUACCAAGGCUCGUACUUCUGCAUCAAUUAUUUUACGAGGAGCCAAUGACUUCAUGUGUGAUGAAAUGGAGAGAUCCUUACACGAUGCUCUUUGUGUAGUUAAAAGAGUAUUGGAGUCCAAGUCUGUGGUACCAGGUGGUGGUGCUGUAGAGGCAGCCCUUUCAAUAUAUCUUGAAAAUUAUGCAACCAGCAUGGGAUCACGUGAACAGCUUGCUAUUGCAGAAUUUGCACGGUCUCUCUUAAUUAUUCCAAAUACCUUAGCAGUAAAUGCUGCCCAGGAUGCCACAGAUCUUGUUGCGAAGCUGAGAGCAUUUCACAAUGAAGCUCAAGUGAACCCAGAACGCAAAAAUCUGAAAUGGAUUGGUCUUGAUUUAAUCAAUGGGAAACCUCGUGAUAACAAACAAGCUGGUGUGUUUGAGCCUACUGUAGUCAAAGUAAAGAGCUUGAAAUUUGCAACAGAAGCUGCAAUUACUAUUCUACGAAUUGAUGAUCUUAUUAAGUUGCAUCCUGAAAGCAAAGAUGAUAGAGGCGGGUGUUACGAAGAUGCUGUUCGUUCUGGAGCACUUGAGAAUUAGUCUGGCUUUUAUUUAUGUUACUGUUUAAUUGUUCAUCUUACACUUCUUCCCAGUAUUGUACCUAGAGUGUAUGUUAAUAAAAUGGGGAUAGUUACAAGAGAA